AUGGCAGACUUAAGUUCAAUUUUUGCAGCAACAAUUCGAAUUUUUUCACAAGCUCUUAUGAUUUUUGGUGGUGUUGUUCCAUAUAUUCCUCAAUAUUUAAUAAUACAACGUUCUCAAAAUGCUGAAGGUUUUUCUAAUUAUGUAUGUCUUACAUUACUUAUUGCUAAUAUUUUACGUAUUGAAUUUUGGUUUGGUAAACAUUUUGAAAUUCCUCUUCUUGUUCAAUCUAUUGUAAUGAUUAUAUGUAUGCUUAUUAUGCUUGAACUUUGUAUACGUGUUUAUUCAAAAUCUGUAUCUCAUCAUUUACCUCUUAAUCAACAAAAUUUAUCACACACAAAAGAAUUAACACCAGAUAUUCGUGAAAAAAAAUUUACUGAUUUUCAAAUGGAUGAUUUUUGGAAAUGGACAACAUUAACAAGUUAUCUUCAAUUUUUAUUUGUAUUUACUUUCAUGUUAAGUACAACAACAUGGUUACUUCUUGAUAAUACAUAUUAUAUUGAAAUAAUUGGAUUUCUAGCUGUAUUUUUCGAAGCUUUAUUAGGUACACCACAAUUUAUGCGUAAUUUUCGAUUGAAAUCAACUGAAGGAAUGAGUGUAAAAAUGGUUCUUAUGUGGACAUCAGGUGAUAUAUUUAAAACUGUUUAUUUUAUUUUACGAAAUGCACCGAAACAAUUUUGGCUUUGUGGAAUGUUACAAAUUAGUAUUGAUAUAGCUAUACUUUGUCAAGUUGUUUUUUAUUCUGACAAAUAUCGAUUUCGUAAACGUUAA